AAGGCACGGCAGGCGAUUCCUCCCCGCCACUAUCACUUCGACUCCAUUUCCCGCGAAAAACUAAAAUCCCCAUUUUUUGUCCCCUAGUAAACCCUAAUUUGGAAAUCCAAAGAUUCAGUAGAACACCGUUCAAUUAUUAUCUGCAGUAGAAUCAGUAGUGGUCAAAUUUCAGAUUUAUAGGGGGAAAUGAAGGGAGGCACUGUACAGAUUAAUUGGCACGAAACCAAGCCCGUUUUAACCCUCGAUUUCCACCCCCUUUCCGGUCUCCUCUGCACCGGUGGCGCCGACUUUGACAUCAAGCUAUGGAUGAUAAAUUCCAGUGAAGAUCAAAAGAAGUCUCCAGGAGCAACCUAUCAGAACAGCCUUUCAUAUCAUAGUUCUGCUGUCAAUGCACUUCGAUUUUCUCCUUCAGGAGAACAGCUCGCCUCUGGGGCUGAUGGUGGUGAGCUGCUCAUAUGGAAAUUAAAUUCUACUGAUGCUGGCAAAGCAUGGAAAGUCCUCAAGACUUUAGCGUUUCAUCGCAAGGAUUUGCUAGAUCUACAGUGGUCUACUGAUGGUGCAUAUCUUAUUUCUGGAUCAGUAGAUAAUUCCUGCAUUAUAUGGGAUGUUAACAAAGGUUCUGUCCAUCAGAUUUUGGAUGGGCAUUUCCAUUAUGUUCAAGGUGUAGCAUGGGAUCCAUUGAAAAAGUAUGCAGCAUCACUUAGUUCAGAUAGAACUCUCCGUGUUUAUGUCAACAAGCCUACUAAAUCGAAAGGUGUUGAGAAGACGAAUUAUGUUUGUCAGCAUGUAAUUGCAAAGCUAGAAACACAGACGUCUGAAGAGUCUAAGUCUGCUAGAAGUCAUCUUUUCCAUGACGAGACACUCCCGUCUUUCUUUCGAAGAUUAGCAUGGUCUCCUGAUGGAUCAUUCUUAGUGGUUCCUGCAGGUUCUUACAGGCCUACAACUGCUUCCGAAUCAGUAAAUACUGCUUAUGUAUUUUCAAGGAAAAAUCUUUCGAGACCUGCUCUCAUGCUCCCCGGUGCCAGUAAACCUGUUGUGGCUGUACGCUUUUGCCCAAUGACAUUUAAUUUGCGGGGAUUGGAAACAUCCUCAUUGUUCAAGCUCCCCUAUCGCCUUAUUUUUGCGGUGGCCACUUUGAAUUCCUUAUAUGUAUAUGAUACUGAAAGUGUUCAGCCAAUAGCAAUUGUAGCCGGAAUUCAUUAUUCAGCCAUAACUGACAUUGCAUGGUCACCUUGUGGUAAAUAUUUGGCCCUGUCCUCUCAAGACGGUUACUGCACUCUUCUGGAAUUUGAAAAUCAGGAACUUGGAUCACCCAUUUCAUUGCGAGAAGAGAAGCAAGUCGACCAUGAAAAUAAGAACACGGUUCGGAAAUUGGAUGACAGUAUUGUGGAAGUUACUCACGAUGAUAGCAGUGCUUCACAUAGUGGAAAAGGGAAAGAAGAGGACACUGGAAAAGAGAGAGACGAGAAUAAUCUAGAGAAAAAAGUCUCACCAGGUACAAGAACAACCCUGAAUCCAAAUAAGACUGCAAAGAGGCGUAUUACUCCCAUGGCCGUUGAUUGAUUAAAUAUCUCAUCACAUAUGUAAGAUUUACUGCUAUGGUGAAAUGGAAUUUGUUUACUGGCCUGAACCAUCCCCUAUUUAAAGGCAAAAUUCCUAUAUUUCGGUGUAGUUAUUUAUAUCAGACGGAGGAGUGGAAAAAUCCAUUUGAACAAAUUUCAAGCAAGUGAAAUGCUUCGUUUCUUUCUAAGUUUCUAAAUUCUGUUGUCCUUUUUUGUUUAUGACCUUUGUUCCCGUAAUUCUUGUAAGAUGUGAGCACCCUAUAUGGGCUACAGUAUACUCCAAUGUGGUUGUAACGUAAUCGAUGUAGAGCAUGCUUAUGAGAAAAGCGAGAUGUUUCA